AUGCCGGCGGCGGCGGGGGACGGGCUCCUGGGCGAGCCGGCGGCGCCCGGGGGCGGCGGCGAGGACGCGGCGCGGCCGGCGGCGGCCGGCGAGGGAAGUUUGCUGCCGGCCUGGGUGAGCGGCGUGCCCCGCGAACGGCUCCGCGACUUCCAGCACCACAAGCGCGUGGGCCACUACCUCAUCGGCAGCAGGAAGCUGGGUGAGGGCUCCUUCGCCAAGGUGCGCGAGGGGCUGCACGUGCUGACCGGAGAGAAGGUGGCCAUAAAAGUCAUUGAUAAGAAGAGAGCCAAAAAGGACACCUAUGUCACCAAAAACCUGCGGCGUGAGGGGCAGAUCCAGCAGAUGAUUCGUCACCCAAACAUCACCCAGCUCCUCGAUAUCUUAGAGACUGAAAACAGCUACUACCUGGUCAUGGAGCUGUGUCCUGGUGGCAACUUGAUGCACAAGAUCUACGAGAAGAAGCGGCUGGAGGAGUCUGAAGCCCGCAGAUACAUCCGGCAGCUCAUCUCUGCAGUGGAGCAUCUGCACCGGGCUGGGGUGGUCCAUAGGGACUUGAAGAUAGAAAAUUUGCUGCUAGAUGAAGACAAUAAUAUCAAGCUGAUUGACUUUGGUUUGAGCAACUGCGCAGGGAUCCUGGGUUACUCGGACCCCUUCAGCACACAGUGUGGCAGCCCUGCCUACGCCGCGCCCGAACUGCUUGCCAGGAAGAAAUAUGGCCCCAAAAUCGAUGUCUGGUCCAUAGGAGUGAACAUGUACGCCAUGCUGACUGGGACUCUGCCUUUCACAGUGGAGCCCUUUAGCCUGAGAGCUUUGUACCAGAAGAUGGUGGACAAAGAAAUGAACCCCCUCCCCACCCAGCUUUCAACAGGAGCCAUCACCUUCCUGCGCUCCCUCCUGGAACCAGAUCCCGUGAAGAGGCCGAAUAUUCAGCAAGCACUGGCGAAUCGCUGGCUUAAUGAGAAUUACACGGGCAAAGUGCCAUGUCACGUCACCUACCCCAACAGGAUCCACCUGGAGGAUCUGAGCCCGAGCGUGGUGCUGCACAUGACAGAGAAGCUGGGCUUCAAGAACAGUGAUGUGAUCAACACUGUGCUCUCCAACCGCGCCUGCCACAUCCUCGCCAUCUACUUCCUCCUGAACAAGAAAUUGGAACGCUAUCUGUCUGGGAAAUCCGACAUCCAGGACAGUGUCUGCUACAAGACCCAACUCUACCAGAUAGAAAAGUGCAGGGCCACCAAGGAGCCCUAUGAGGCUUCCCUGGACACCUGGGCAAGAGACUUUGAAUUCCAUGCUGUGCAGGAUAAGAAGCCCAAAGAACAGGAAAAAAGAGGGGAUUUUCUCCACUGGCCUUUCUCCAAGAAGUUGGACAAGAGCCUACCCUCACACAAGCAGGCCAGCGCCUCACCUGUCCCACAGAUGCAGGGCACCAAGGCGCUCCUGAGGGACCAGAAGGCCUCCAGGCCUGCUUUCCCUGACAAAGAUUCCUUUGGCUGCCGCAGUAUUUUCCGCAAAACCUCUGAUUCCAAUUGUGUGGCCUCUUCUUCCAUGGAGUUCAUUCCCAUCCCACCUCCCAGGACCCCCAGAAUUAUAAAGAAACCGGAGCCCCACUAUCAAGGGCCCGGAAGUACCAGCGUUGCCCCCAAGGAGGAUCCCCUGAUGCUGGACAUGGUGCGCUCCUUCGAGUCUGUGGAUCGGGACGACCCCACGGAGCUGCUGUCUCCGUCUCACCACCACAGGAUCCUGAACCCCCCCAUAAACUUGGCCCACAGAAAUUCCAGCGAGAGGACGCUCUCCCCGGUCCUGCCUCCCAGAAGCACCUCACCUGCCCAGACUCCUUCGCACCCCACGCUGCUCUCCUUUGCUCAUGAAGACAAAAACAGCCCCCCGAAAGAGGAGUGUGUGUGCUCUACACCCCUGGUUCCCGGGAGUGGCACCACGCAGCCUUUGGGGAGCCCGAAUUGUGUGAAAAGCCGUGGCAGAUUUCCCAUGAUGGGCAUCGGGCAGAUGCUGAGGAAGCGACAUCAGAGCCUGCAGCCUUCGGUGGACAGGCUCCUGGAGGCCAGCAUGCCCCCACUGCAGCCUUCGGCGGAUAGGCUUCUGGAGGCCAGCAUGCCCCCGCUGCAGCCCCUGGCCCCCGUGAGCCUCUCCUUCAACAUGGCUGAUGGUGUCAAGGGCCAGUGUUAACCUGGGCCACAGGGAUUCAUGGCCUGCUGAAGGAAGACCUUGGAACGGGCUCCACACGUCCGCCAGGGCCUGAAGAUACAGAGGCACCCCUGGGGUAUCUUUCGUGGCCUCAUCUCCUGCCAGCUCAUGUGUCUGCUCCAGCUUUGGAACAGCUAAAAUCUUCAGACUCGAAGCCUGUACAGUCCAGCCUCACAAGGACCCCCCCAGAGAUGCUAUUGACUGCUAGGAGAGCUGGCUUCUAGUGCACCCAGUUUCAGUUACUCAGACCCUUCUUCCUUCCAUCCAAUCACAAGUCCCUGCUUCCCUGUGCUGGACUCAGGGGUUGUUGUUAGCUGCAGCCCCUCACUCAUGGUGACCAAUGGAAUGAAACCAUCCCCAUGACGGGUUGCGAAUCAGGCCAUUGUGAUCCAUAGGGCUUUCAUUGGCUGAUCUUCUGAUGUAGGUUGUCAGGCCUUUCUUCUUAGUCUAUUCAGGCCUUCUUUCCUAGUCUAUCUUAGUCUAGAUGCUCUGCUGAAACCUGUUCAGCAUCACAGCAACAUGCAAGCCUCCACUGAUGGAUGGGUGGUGGCUGCACACGACGUGCAUUGGCUGGGAAUUGAACCCUGGUCUCCAGCAUAGAAGGCGAUAAUUCCACCACUGAACUACCACUGCCCCUGGGAUUGGGGGUGAAAACCAGGAACCGGCCAUCCAUCUGGGCCACUUGGAUUGCAGACUGUUACAAGACUGUUAAGAGAUCUCGCUUCACUUCCUGGGAUGUGUGUGCCUCAGGGCGGACUGUUCUCUUUUCAGCACCGGGCCGACAGUUUCCCGAAGUGGUUCACCCACCGAGGUGCUUAUAGCCCCACUUUUUCCUCUGCAGUGGGGAGUCCCUGCAGCCCGCAGGAGCUGGCAGACUGCAGCUCCACGCCACAGCAAGCUCAGAGGAAGAUGGAGGAGCCCAGGCCUGCACUUCUGAGCAGAAAGGGCAGUUGGACGAGGGUUGAACCCCAAACACUGGGGACCCUGUUGAAAGAAAGGACAGAGGGAGCACUCAUCUCCCAAGCAAGGUUUUGACUUGGUUUUUAUUUUUUUUUUUUGGUUGAAACUUGUCAAUGGUUGAAUUAUCUUCUCCGGAGAGAUUUUUCUAUAUGUGAUACCAUUAAAUCAAAAAGCAUAAUUAAAAAAAAAAAAAAGACCUGGGUGAAGAGAGGAGGAGGAGUCCCACCAAACUCGCGUUUUCACAAGAGGAUACAGCGUGAGGGCAUGGGAGCUCGCUCAGGGGGUGUUUUUAGUGGCUGUUGGACCAUGGUCAGCUCUGCGCUCACCCCGUUGUCCAGUAUAGGCUGGAUCUUUCUGGAAGGUGUAGAGCAUGGUUAUAAUUGGCUGUUUAGAAAGAGAAAAAAGGAUGGUUAAAGCCGACUGUGAAUGGCGAAAAGAUGACAUUACCUCCGCGCAGUGCAGUUUUCAAUCUGCCAGGCGAACAAGUGUGCUUUGGAGCUCCACUCUAGCUCUGAGCCGUGAGCAGGCUUGCCUGGUAGGAAGCGUGUUCAGAAUUCAGUACGGUUUCUUCCUUGAGGAGACAGCGUUCUGCAAACAGGGUUUUAGUCCAUGUUCCGUGUUCACACCUUUUGCCAAGGAUCAAACCAAAGAUGUGUCUCUGGUUCUGUGUCUGUUUUCUCCCUGUGUGUGCGUUUUGUGGACCAUGGUGUUGUCUGGCCUUGUUCAGCUGGAGCCUGAAGGGGGCUUGCUCCAUAUGAGGCCUGGGGUAUGGGGCCUGGCAUUUGCUAGGGAACACUCGAUCAUGGGCAGGGUUGGAAAAAGGGGAAUAAUUAGCACAGGUCGGAUGCUGGUGGUUUUAGGAGCGGGUUACAAGAUGAAAUGGAGUCUUCAACUUUUGACUAGUGCAGGUGUGACCAGAAACCACCACUGUGGACAUAUUGGGGUGACCAGAAACUACCACUGUGGAAACACUGGGGUGACCAGAAACCACCACCAUGGCCACACUGUGGUGACCAGAAACCACCACUGUGGACAUAUUGGGGUGACCAGAAACUACCACUGUGGAAACACUGGGGUGACCAGAAACCACCACCGUGGCCACACUGUGGUGACCAGAAACCACCGCCAUGGCCACACUGGAGUAGUAGUCUCAAGUUUGUUGAUUCCAAAAUAGGCCAAGACCCUCGAGCAUUGCAAAGCCUGGCUUCAUUUCUGCUGGUAGCCAGCUCUUACCACACAGCUAUGAGGUGCUUCUUCAUAAUUUUCUUGUUCAGCCAGUGGUGACUUCCUGACCCUGCAAGUCACUGACUAAGCCAGGAGAGGAUGGAUGUUUGGCCUACCCCUGAAGCCCCUGUGAUGCCUCAGUCUUGGCUGACCUUGGCAAGACCUAGAGCUGCUUCUCCUCUCUCAAGGGGGUCUCCCUGGCCCUAGGGCACUGUAGGAGGAGGCCAGUUAUGGCCGUUGGUGUUAUCCUUCUGCGUGGCUUCAGACCAGCUUCCAGAACUUUACAUUGAAAACAGCUUUGUAAGCAGAGGGAAGGAAAGAGUCACCUAGAAAAGACCCUUCUCUCUAUUUAUCAUGAGUGUUUGGUUUUAGAUUGGUGAAGAAACCUCUAAAGUUGGCCUCCAGCUGCGGCUGGCCUGCCCUUCAAGUCUGCAGUAGGGGUGCCUAUACCUGUGUGUUGUGAGCUUGUAGCCCUGGGUACAUUUUUCUUGCAUUUUACUUUCCUUGAGAACAUGAGUGUUUCUGUGUCACUGUUCACUCGGGGGAGCGUGUUUCCCAUUCCUCGCGGGCUUCAAGAACAGCUGUGGAUGGUCGAACAGCUGGCUGACCACGUCACAACCAGUGACUUGAACUGUGAACUCAGGUUUAUUCUGAACCCAGUGAGAGGUGGGGGGAAGCAGAAGGGGGAGCAACUGCGUUUUUGUGUUGUGUGAGUCCCCUGACAAAUCUAUGAACAUCGAGUGAAAGAAGAAAUGUUCAAUUCUGGAUUAUUUUAUUAUAUUUAUAUGGAAAACUUGACUGCCCCUUUGGUAAGUACAAAGUGUGUUGUCUGUGUGACCUGCGGCUGGUUUUCCUCUACCCACUGUGCCUGUGAUUGCAGUUAGCCUGGAGUGACGGAUGGAAAUGACUCAUCCGUCUGUCAUCAUGCGACGCACAGGAGGAGAAGUUGGCUCUAAUUGUAUGAUUUGGUCAUCAGUGAGGACUGUAUUUAUGUCACUAUGAUUAAAUGUAUGUACUUUUAUAAUGACUGUGAAAUAUACUUUUCCCCACUGUGACUGCAUCAUUUAUUUACUGAUCUAAAAUCACAAAACAUGGAGCACAUUGCGAGGUCCUGUCAUCUCCUGUGUAAAGCUCUUGGUCCAGCAGUUGACUGGAUAAAAAUGGGAACUGAGUUGUGAGGUGUUUGGAGCAUUUUCUGCCCCAGUCUCCCUACUUCAUUCCACUUGUGACAGGGAAAUCUACAGAAGUGU